GAUUUCAAUAUAGAAGAUAUAAAUAGCGCAAGAAACUUGAGCGCCAUCUUGAGCCUUUCAAGAAACUUGAGCGCCAUCUUGAGCCUUUGAUUCUCAGUCUUGUCCCAUGAAUGGCGACCCAUAUCGGAUCCUUUGCUGCGGGUGCAUUCACCACAUCGCCGCGCGUCCUGCCCCUAUCGGAGCUGCUCAGCCACCCGUUCCUCCUCCAAACACCGCGCCGUAACACAAAAUGCGUCAGGCUCAGAGUCAGCGCCAGUGUUUCCGACGACGGAGAACGAGGAGGAGACUCGUCGUAUCUGGACAUGUGGAAGAGGGCCGUUGAGAGGGACAGGAAAACCGCUCACUUCAAGAGAAUUCUUGACCGGACCUCUCCCUCUCCCUCUCCACACGACGAGAGUGCCGCCACCGGUGGACUUGGGGACGAUCUGGACAACAAGACCUCCAACUUCCAGAAGCUUCUACAAGUUCCCAGUGAAGAGAGGGACAGGAUCCAGCGCAUGCAGGUCAUCGAUCGAGCUGCUGCCGCAAUAUCUGCUGCCAAGGCCAUCCUCGACGACAAAGGCACUAACGACGGGGCCAAGCCCGCCGCUAAUGACGGCGCCGAUUCCAAUGCCAAGCUUCUAGAUGGAAUGCAAACGGAGAGUAUUUUUGUGUCACAAUCAGAAAAGCAGAGAGAUGGUAUUCCAGGCCCUGACUUUUGGUCCUGGACACCCCCAGUUGAUAGUGAUCUUCCUUUAGAUGAUGCUGGUGGCUUUCAGUUAGAUACCAAGUCUUCAGUUCAUUCUUCAUUCUCCAAUCCUAUUAUGGAGAAGGAACGAUCGGUGCAAUUCCUUUCGAUUCCAUUUGAAAGUGUAUUCUCUCAAAGCAAACAUAGUCCUACUCUACCCCCCUUUCAAUCAUUGAUAGAGGUUGAAAAGAUGGAAGACUCUGCUUCCAAUAUGGAGUCACCUUCCCUGGAAGAGGAAGAAAGACGUGGCACAUUGUCCUCUGGCCAUGCAGCUGAAGCAGCUAAUGCCCUCCAUAUGGCCAAUAAUCCUUUACCUUCUGGAGUGAAUCCAGAUGGAUCAAGAUGGUGGAAGGAAACAGGAAUUGAGCAAAGACCUGAUGGCGUAAUUUGUAGAUGGACGAUGACCAGAGGCAUUAGCGCUGACAAAACCAUCGAGUGGCAAGAGAAGUAUUGGGAAGCUUCUGAUGAGUUUGGCUAUAAGGAACUUGGUUCUGAGAAAUCUGGACGUGAUGCGAAUGCAAAUGUUUGGCGAGAAUUCUGGAGAGAAUCCAUGUCUCAGGAAAAUGGGCUUAUGCAUAUGGAGAAAACUGCAGACAAGUGGGGAAAGAAUGGUAGAGGUGACGAAUGGCAAGAAAAAUGGUGGGAACACUACAAUGCAGCUGGUCAAGCAGAGAAAUGGGCACACAAAUGGUGCAGUAUUGAUCCAAAUACACCCUUGGAAGCUGGACAUGCUCAUGUUUGGCAUGAAAGGUGGGGCGAAACGUAUGAUGGAUAUGGUGGCAGCAUUAAAUACACAGACAAAUGGGCUGAGCGCCGCGAGGGUGAUGGAUGGGAGAAAUGGGGUGACAAAUGGGAUGAAAAUUUUGAUCUAAAUGCCCAUGGUGUUAAGCAGGGGGAGACCUGGUGGCAAGGUAAGCAUGGAGAUUGCUGGAACAGAACUUGGGGAGAGCAACACAAUGGUUCUGGAUGGAUUCACAAGUACGGUAAGAGCAGCAGUGGAGAACACUGGGACACACAUGUUAUUCAAGAUACUUGGUAUGAAAGAUUCCCUCAUUAUGGUUUCUAUCACUGCUUUGAAAACUCGGUGCAACUCAGGGAAGUUCCAAAACCAUCUGAUAUACUGGAACCAUAAUCUUACUAUCUCAUCUGAUAUUCAUAUACGGGAAGCUUAACCCCCUUUUCUUCCCAACCCAAAAUUCUACAAAAUGCUAUGUGUCCUGAGUAUAGUAACACAGUGACUAUAUGUAGUGAAUAGUGUGAUACAUAAUCUGUAGAGGUUGUUUUUCAAUUUCUGUGUGGUUGAGUCAUAGUAUUAGUUAUGCAUAGAUCGUACUCAAGGUUCUAAUGGCUUAUGGCCCUUUUGCUGUAUAAAUGAAAUGCAAGCCUGGCCUCACACGAAUUGUCAA